AUGAUAUCCAAAAUUUCAGCACCUUUGUGCAAAUAUUGCCUGUGCAACUCAGCUCGCAUUGGCCCGCAAGUAGCGCGCCGAUACACCUCGCUGGCAAAACCCUCGACAAAUGAAGAUGAAGACACCCAGCCAAGCUCACGCCAAGAAAAUGAAUCUCAAUCUGCCGAUAAUGGCCGUUCUUCAACGUCAGAACCCGGGGCAAUGACCCGGAGACUGCAAGAGGCAACCGAAGAGGCGUUGUUCAGCGGCGGCUCAGCCGGCAAGCGUGCCGUGCAGGACGCAGGAUUCUCCGAAGAGUUGAAGGAGAAGCUGCUGAGCAAGAUUGCGGAUGCAAAAUUUCACCACGAUCAUUCGAGUGCUCUGGCCGCAAAGGAUCUCUCAUCUGCAGCUGGCGAAGGCACGAGGCAUAUUGCCACCGCUGCGCCAUGGACUGGUGAAGAAGACGCGGCGGAUACUGUGUUGAGGAUGUUGGAUGAUGCUAAAAAGCCUCUGAAGCCAGAACUCAGGGGCACAUUUCAGCCGCCGGUUGUUGAUCCUCGGAUAAAACGGACUCCUGUGGUGCAUCCUCGUCAGAGGGUGGUGAAUGCUCGGGAGAGAGCGUCGGUCUACGCCGGCAUGGGCAUGAAGGAGGAUAAAGGCUUGAGCGAUAAAGAGCGAGAAGAGAUGAGAAAGGAGUUUCAAUCGAGAUUCGAGCCAGCCGCACGUGUUAUGCCGGCAACGCCGUCUGGUUUGGCCGCGCUGGCGAACGAGCAGAUUGAGAAUGCCAUUGCCAGGGGCAAGUUCAAGGACAUUGCUCGUGGUAAAGGGAUAGAGAUUGAUCUCGCUAGGAGCAAUCCGUUUGUCGACACGACGGAGUAUCUUUUGAAUAGGAUCAUUCAGCGGCAGGAGAUUGUGCCCCCGUGGAUUGAGAAGCAGCAGGAGCUUGCGAAGACGGCACAUACGCUUCGCUCGAGGCUGCGGACGGAUUGGUUACGCCAUGCUUCGAGGAUGAUUGCCUCGAAGGGGGGGUCGUUGGAGGAGCAAAUGGCUAGGGCGGAUGAUUACGCUGCGGCGGAGAGGCUGCAUAAUCCUAAACAAGGGGCUGGAGCCAAGCCGGAACAAGCUUCUACACAGGGCGAUGGGCUGGACUUAAGGCCCUUACCGAGACCAUUUCGUGAUCCGGACUGGGAAAAGGCAGAACAUGCGUAUUUGAACCUGUCGAUAGAGCAACUAAACAGUAUCACGAGGAGUUACAACCUGAUGGCUCCCGAGUUGGCCAAGAAGCCGUACUUCUCUCUGCAGCGAGAACUGGAUGCCUGCUUCGCAGACGUUGCGCCCUUGAUUUCCAAGGAGAUUAAGGAUAGGGCUACGGCGCCGCGUGCUACUACGAAGCUGACGUCUAAGCCGUCUCCGUUUACGGGGGGCGGGAUUAUGGGUGGUUUGACGGGUAAGGAUAACGUGAAAAUUUAUGAUACGAGGGCGGAGCCGUAUGGGUUUAAGGAGUGGUGGAAGGAUGUGUGGAAGAAGGAGUAG